UUAAGGUAAAAAGCACUCCCUGUGCUCUUUUUAAAUCCCUCGGGUUUAUGUUUUAUUGCUCCACGUCUGCCUCCCUGAGGUUCUUGUACAGACUCGGUAUUUCCUUCUGUAAAGAAGCUGUUUAGUUCAUCUUUGCCUGGUUUGUAAGAACCCACGGGAGGCAGUUUGUGCACCGCCCCCCCCUCCAAAUCUUGGCUGGAGCAGCAAGUCUGUCAAUCCCAGGCGAGAGACAAGUCAGACAAAGGUUCGUUUGUGAAGAACCUCCUUCCAGUACCUCCUCUCUUCUCCUUUUGCCCAAACUCACCCAGUGAGUUGGAGCAUUUUAAAAGAUUCCUCUGCCAAGAAGACCAAAAGGAAAGAAGAAGAAAAGGGCCAAAAGCCAACAUGAAAUUUAUAGUACUUGCUGUCACCGUUGGGCUAACUUUGCUGCUAGGAGUCCAAACCAUGCCGGCAAAUCGACUCUCUUGCUACAGAAAGAUACUAAAAGAUCGCAACUGUCACAACCUUCCUGAAGGAGUAGCUGACCUGACAAAGAUUGAUGUGAACGCCCAGGAUCAUUUCUGGGAUGGGAAGGGAUGUGAGAUGAUCUGUUACUGCAACUUCAGUGAAUUGCUCUGCUGCCCAAAAGAUAUCUUCUUUGGACCAAAGAUCUCUUUUGUGAUCCCUUGCAACAAUCACUGAGAAUCUUCAUGUAUUCUGGAGAACACCACCCUUAAUUUCCCAUAAACUGCACUAUAUCAGUGUAACUGCAAUUCUAGUUUCUAUCCAGUGCAAUAAAGCACAGAUUCUAUAAAAUUUUACUUGUCCAAGACAAGCAAACUUGUGUUAAAUAAGUAGUAAUAAAAAUUAAUUCAAU